GCAACCCAAGGCAACAGCUUUAAAAUGGGAGAAAAAAAAAGUGAAAAUAUAGUUUUGCAUCUGGACAGGGUUAGACCUCGCUUAUCUCCUUCACUAUUAACAAUGAAGGCAACUCUGAAGACCAAGUACGACGCUGACAAAAGCGGCGCCGCCUCCACUUUGGCUGUUAACGCCGGCGACGUCAAGCUCCGAGCAUCCAUUACCGACGCCACAAUCAUCAACGGUCCUAGUUUAAAUGGCCUUGCUCUUGCCGUCGAGAAACCAGGCUUCUUCAUAGUCGACUACAAUGUCCCCAAAAAGGAUCUUCGCUUUCAGUUUAUGAAUACUGUUAAGGUAGCGGAGAAGCCUUUGAAUUUGACUUACAUCCAUAGUUGGGCCGAUAACAGAACAGUUCUCGACGGGACCUUAGUCCUUGAUUCAGCUAACAAGGUUUCUGCUAAUCAUGCUCUUGGCUCUGGAAAUUGUAAAUUGAAGUACACAUAUGUGCACGAGGGGGCGACCACUUUUGAACCUUCUUACGAUGUUGCAAAGAAUUCGUGGGACUUUGCUGUUUCAAGGAAGGUCUAUGGUGAUGAUGUAUUCAAGGCUACGUACCAGACUACAUCCAAGGCACUGGGAUUAGAGUGGACAAGGAAUUUGAAGUCAAGCGGAAAUUUCAAGAUUGUAGCAUCGGUCAAUUUGGCAGAUGAAUCAAAAAGGCCAAAAGUAACUGCAGAAUCGACAUGGAACUUUGAAGUGUAAUUUUUAAAUCAAUCUUCCCUUUAAAUUUCUGUUGUGAUUUAUUGUGGAGUUUCUAGAUACAUUUUGAUGAUUGAAUCUGAAAAUACUUUUGUGCACUGAAAAUUUAACUACACCUCAAUAAUCAUAAGUAGCAGUUCUUUUGAA